AUGAAUACUGUUGAAGCAUUUUCGGAGCUUGUGCGUCUUUACGCCAGGGACGAUGACGAAUCAUGUGUUGAUAGUAACGAUUAUAACGGCGAGUACAUGGGUGCUCGAAUUUCAGCUGUUUUCGUCAUUCUUUUUACAUCAUCUUUUGGUGCAUUUUUCCCCCUUCUUUCUUCUAGAUACUCUUUCAUCAGACUUCCUGACGCCUGCUUCUUCAUUGCCAAAUAUUUCGGAUCCGGUGUCAUUGUGGCAACUGCAUUUAUUCAUCUUCUUCAACCGGCUGAUGAAAAUCUAAGUUAUGAGUGCUUAGGUGCUCCUUUCACUGAGUAUCCAAUGGCAUACGCUAUUUGCUUGAUUAUGAUCUUCGUCAUGUUCUUUUCCGAGUUGAUCGCUUACAGAUGGAUAGAAACCAAAAUUGGAACCAUCAACCCAUCAGAAAAGGCUCCUCUCGCACAUUCGUCGACAGAUGAUGACGAUGAGAUCGACGAUCAGAAAGAUGAGAAACGUGAUCGUACUGUCCCACAGGACUUGGAGUCAUUACCAAAGAGUGGUGAAGAAGCAGGCUUGGCUAAAGAUCAGCAAUGGGAUGCAGACCAUUAUGCUCAUGAACGUGACCACCAGGAUCCAGAGGUUAUCGGCACAAAAGCGGAAAACAAGGCCAAGGAGGAUUAUGCAGGAAACUUGCUUAACGUGUUUGUUUUGGAAUUCGGUAUCAUUUUCCACUCCGUUUUUAUUGGAUUGACUCUUGCCUGCUCAGGUGAUGAGUUCAUAUCUCUUUACAUUGUGUUGGUCUUCCACCAGAUGUUCGAAGGUUUGGGUUUGGGUACCAGAAUUGCUCUAGUUGAUUGGCCAAAGGAGAGGAAGUAUACUCCUUGGCUUUUGGCCCUCUCUUAUGGUCUCACAACCCCUGUUUCUAUUGCAAUUGGAUUGGGUGUUAGAAAAUCAUACCCACCAUAUUCAACCCGUGCCUUAAUCGUUAAUGGUUGUUUCGACUCCGUUUCCGCAGGUAUUUUAGUCUACACAGGUAUGAUCGAGUUGAUGGCUCACGAGUUCCUUUUCUGCGAUGAUUUCAAAGGAAGAACUGGAUUUAAAAGGAUGAUAAUCGCCUUUCUCGUUAUGUGCGUUGGUGCGGGCUUAAUGGCUCUUUUGGGCAAGUGGGCUUAG